UAGUGAUUAGUGAGGUGGAGCAUCUUUUCAUGUGCUGGCAUAGGUGUUGUGAUAACCAUUUGACAGGGAAGACAUGCCCAAGGUCGCUGGGCUACACUCAGCUGCCUCUGUCUAACUCCACAGGUGGCCACUGUGCGGACACAGCUGUGGUUUUAAAGUUGCUCCUAAUACCUGUAUUUUCUAUUUGCUGUCAUAACAAAUCACCACUUGUUUAGUGGGUUAAACAACACAACCUACAAUUCUGUUCGUCAGAAGCCUGACACAUGUGUUACUGGGCUAAAAUCAAGGUGUCAAGAGGGCUGUAUUCUUUCUGGAAGUGUCCGAGGAGAAUCUGUUUUCUUGCCUUUUUCAGCUUCUAGAGGCCACCUGUUUUUUUGUGGUUCACGGCCCUCUUCCUCUGUCUUCAUAGCCAGCAACAGCAGCUUGGUUCUCAUAUUGCAUUGCUUUAGUCUUGCUUUUCUUGUCAUUUCUGUUUAUCUGACUAUCUUCUGCCUCCCUAUUCCACUUUUAAGGAUUCCCGUGAUUACAUUAGGACCUUACAGAUAAUCCCUGUAUUUUGAGGUCAGCUGAUUAGCGACUUCAAUUCCAUCUGCAGCUUUAAUUCCCCCUUGCCAUGUAAUUAAACAUAUUCAUAGGUGUGAUAUUGCUAUUCAUAAUAAAUAUAUAUUUGAUUUCAUCUGGUUUCUGUCACUGAGCUUCUGAAAUCCUUGGAAUUUCCUAAAUGAGGAGAGACGGGAAGGUGUCUUUUUGUCAUGCUGAGGUGACCUUAGCAAACACCAAGCAACCUAAGGAGGGGGGCUGACUGGUUAGAGGGUCAGAAUUUACACUCCUGUCUCCCACCGCCCCCCAUCUCUGGGGAGACAAGAAGGGCUAAUCAGUCAUGCCUCUGCCAAGAGGCCUUCACAGAAAACCCCAGAGUAUGGGCUCUGAGAGCUCUGGGUUAGUGAACACAAUAGAGCAGAUCUGGGAUCCUCCAGGAUCUGAGGUGGAGCUGAUGUAAUGAUAGGAAUUAGGUGCACAGCAAGUGUAAUGUGCUUGAAUCAUCCUGAAACCACCCCCAGCCUCCCGUCCAUGGAACAAGUGUCUUCUGUGAAACUGGACCCUGGUGCCAAAAGGUUAGGGACUGCUGCUGUAGCGAUGUGGGGACAGUGGUGCAUCUGGAGAGCAUGGAGACCCUGUGCCCUUGCCCUGUGGACCUCUUCCAUCUGCUACUCCUGAAUUACACCCUUUUAAAACAAAUGGUAAUCUGGAGAUCCGGUUGGAAAGAAACUGCAGCAUGUCCUGGAGCAGCAGUGACUUCCGAACCUCUGCAAAAGUAUUUGGGGAGAAUGGCACGUUGGAGGAGCAGAAAUCUCCAAAAUUCAAGAAAAGGGAGACAGAGGUGUACGUUGGCAAUCUCCCACUGGACAUCUCUGAGGAGGAGAUUCGGUGCCUACUGAAGGACUUCAGCCCUCUCCAUGUCCACCGAGUCCAGAAUGGCUGCAGAUGCUUCGCAUUCGUAGAUCUGGGCUCUAUGCAGAAAGUGGCACUUGCGAUCCAGGCACUGAAUGGGAAGCUCUUCCACAAGCGAAAACUGUACGUGAAUUCCAAUAACAGGUCUCCCAAGAGGACCCCCGAUGUGACUGAGCGGCCCCAGGAGCUUCUGGUUAACAGAAGGCAAUGGCAACCCACUCCAGUACUCGCGCCUGGAAAAUCCCAUGGAUGGAGGAGCCUGAUUUCAGAGAAGGCCUCUGCUCAAGGAUUUGCUGGAACCACUGCUUGUCCACAGCUCACUCCUAAAGCUUCUGGUGAGCCCUGUGAGACAGAAAAAUCCAAGACAAGCUUCUUUGCAGUUCCCAUGGAAAUGAGAGGGUCCUUCUUGGUGCUGCUCCUAAGGGAAUGUUUCCGAGACCUGGGCUGGCUGGCCACCAUCCCCAGCAUCAGCGGGGAGGUGGGGCUGUUGGUGACCAGUACUGUCCCUCAGACCCCCUUCUUCUGGGCCAUGCACAUCACUGAGACACUGCAGCAGAACAUGCAGGCCCUGUUCAGCGCCCUGGCCGAGGCGGAGGAGCAGCAGCCCUACCUGCAUGACUCAGCGGUGCGGCGCGGGACGCGCGGUCUGGCCGAAUACCACCUGGGCGAUUACGGCCCGGCCUGGAACAGGUGCUGGGUGCUGGACCGCGUGGACUCCUGGGUGGUGGUCAUGUUCGUGGAUUUUGGCCGAUCGGCCACCAUCCCUGUGCAGUCCCUGCGCACCCUGGACAGUGAUGACUUCUGGACCAUCCCCCCGCUGACUCAGCCCUUCAUGCUGGAGAAAGGUAUUUUGAGUUCAAAUCAGGUUAUCCAUCACAUCCUCAAAGGGAAAAUCACUGGUGCUUUGAACUUGGAGUCACACAUCCUGAAGUUUGAAGAGUUUGAGUGACGUGGCUCCGAUCAGCAUGUUCCCUCUCCUGUCUAGAUUCUUCCCAUCCUGCCCUUUCACUCUUGAGGCCUUGGGGGUGCCCAGGACUGAUUGGAUACCCCUUUGCCUUCCCCAGCUCACUUCUCAAUGUGUCAUGUGUCUUCACUGCGAACAUUUGAACCAAACAGGGAAGCUUCCAUGAGGUUGGAAGUCUGAUGUAGCCAGUGUAUUUUUUCCUUUUUUUUUUUUGUAACCCCAGAGCAUGAUAUAAGUUGCCCUGACAGAUUCUGGAGAAUGAAGGGGCCCACUGCUUAAUUUUCCUGGCAUUCCAUCAUAGAAUCAGGCAGGGAGAUCUAAACAUUGAUCUGUUGGCUUGGUGAAUAAAUGUUGGCAUGCUUCACAU